AGAUGUACUUGAUGCCCAAAUCGAUGCUGUCGCAUAAUCGAUGCUGGAGCAUACUCCUAGUCGGCCGCGUUGUAGCUGCUUUCGCCUCAGUUGUUCCUCAACAAAAGACGAUCGAUGCAGUUGACCGAAACAACGUCGCAGGCCAAGAGCAACGAACUGGUGCACAACAGGUGGGAGAAGAAGCCGAGCUUCCAGUUCAACCACAACAAAAGUUAAGUAUAUUAUUUGUACAUGUAUCAUGCAUAAUCUAAGUAUUUGAUCUUCUUCACGAGAAGAAAAACAAAAUAAACUAUGUAGCUUCUCUGAUGCACGAUACAAUUGACAUCUCGUCUCACUCGCAACAUAAAAUCCACGAAAGUAGAACAACAGGCAGCGAAGCGUAGGUAAAGUCAGUAUUUUGCAAACAACAAACACAAAGACAAACCUGCGGUUUGGGAAAUGCAUGGGAAUUCAUCGGGUGACUGUUUCAAUACGGAAACUAGUGCAUUGACGAUCCGGAUAUAAGUCAUCCUUGUGAUCCGGAUCGGUGACGCAUUGCAUAAUACAGAUUUACUCUUAUAUUAUUCGGACUGAUGUUGUAUUGCGGAUCCAUCAUUCUCUAAUGUACCAUCCUAAAGCAUGGCGUACACAACUCGUUUUUCCGACUGAGGGUCACGUGCUAUGUGAGGAGGCUAGGGAUGAAACGCAUGGCACCUGGACCAGACGCGAGCAAGCUGAAAAAAGAGAGGAGGAAGGCCACGAUUUGGUCACUGGAAUUAAGGCACGUAAUAAAGAGUAAGAGACGCUAGAUGAGGAAAAUCAGCUGUGGAGAGUAAGGAAAUUCAGCUGUGAAAAGUAUUGAAGACUGGCAUUAAGGCUAUUACAUCUAGGAGCUAGCUACUUAGCCUAGAACUUCUAUGUGAUAACGAUAAGGCUUCUUAGGCGAUCGAGCAAGGAUUGCAACAGCACCAAGCGCGCGCAUGACAUUUCCUAUCCGUGAGGAUCAAGUCAUCUGUCUGUGUCAGUCCAGACUGUUGUCACGACGUCUAAUCUAGUCAGACUGGUGUCGAAAGGACGUGGUUCGAGGUCAUCGUUAGGGAGCAGCAGCGAUGAAGGUGAUGACGAAGGUGCGGAGGUUGGAAGACAAGCGAGUGAAGAGGCCGCCGCGGGGGAGGAGAAUACACUGACGCCUGAAAGGUCAAUUUCAGGACAAGGCCACACUUCGACUGCGGCACGUGAUUAUGGUUAAUUGUUUUCUUAGAGUAGUGUCAGAUAUCCUUCUAUGUCACUCAGUGUCAAGCACUGUUGUACACAGAGAGCACUGUUGUACACAGAGUCAAAUGAAAACUUACACAGAGUCAAAUGAAAAAGACAGCAUAACUUACACUUACACAGAGGCACUCCCACAUACCUAAAGUUCUUCUAACUACACAUGCACUUCUUCUUCUAACUACACCAAAGUAGGACCUCAGUAGAGGAGCUGAAACAACACCUCUUCCGACGACUUCGGGAAAGAUUACUCUACUUCCAAAGUUCCAAGCCGCCUGCAGGGCGAAAAAAUGUACUGGAUCCGUUUUUAUGA